AUGACAAGAAGAAAAAGUGCCCCCAAGAAACAACAAGUAGAGUCGUAUUUUGACGCGGAAAGAAUCUUGGAUGAAAAGAAAGAAGAUGGAAAAUGGUAUUACCUUAUAAAGUGGCUUGAAGAAGCCCCACAAAAUGAUGUGCAAGAUCUGGAUGAUAAGCCUGAUAACGAAGUGAUGAACUUAGAUAAGACAGAUGAUAAAAUUAAUGAAGUUGAUGAUAAGAUAAAUUUCAAUCAGCUUAACCAAGUUUUGGAUAAAUAUUGUCACAUAAAUACAUCUCAAUCAUCAGAACCUAAAAAAGAUGCCAACAAUUUUCAUAAAAUCAAGUUCUCCCCUAAGGUUAAGCUUGUCAAGAUAAGCCCGAUACAACCGAUUAUUGCUAGUAAUACCCCGAUAAAAAGUAAUAUUUUAAUAGUAGAACAUAAUGAUAAUGAAUCCCUUUCAAGUGUUUUUAAUAAUUCAAAGUUUCUAAUGAACGGUUAUCAUUCCGCAAAUAAAGUUAUUAAUGGAAAGAAAUAUUCCCUUCCUUCACAAUCUGGUAGACUUUCAUUAUUCAAUCUAAAUAAACGAGGUCCGGAUCAUGUUCAAGAGUCAAAUGAUAAUUCAACAACAAAGAAGCAGAAAACCGAAAUUGUUCCUGUUCCCGAAACGAAUAAUAUCAUCUCCAAUGUAGAACCUCCAGUUUUACAAACAACAAUUUGUAAUGAUGGUAAUGACAAAAAAGAUACUUCACAACCUGAUGAAUCGGCGACACAAUCCAAUAAAGUUCUUCCUAGUGGUAAUUCAUUAAAUUCACACAGUGUACCUACCAGCUCAACACAUUCAGGGGCUAUCCAUGUGAAUUCAGAAACUAUAAAACAAGCUUAUUCCCGAAUCAAUAAUAAAAAUGCAUCGAGUUCUGGUUCUGCAAAUUCAACAUCAUCCAACCUUUCUAAAUUUCGUCCGAUCGCUGCUAAAAUCGCACCGGCACCAUCUCAAUUUACCAUUUCCGGUGUUGCUCCCAAUGUUGGUAAAGUGAAUUCCUCAUCAAGCGUAGGAAAGUUGGCCAGUAGUAGCACGUCGACAUACAAACAAAAUUUGCCACUAGCAAACAGGUUGGCCAGUAUAAGAACUCCGGUUCCUGUUGAUAAUUUUCCCAAAAGUAAUGUUUCAACUACAAGUGCUCAGAUUCAAUCUGACAAGCAACAUACCAGUUACUUUCAUAAAUCAUUUGUGCAAAAAAAUGACGAAGUUACGCAAUCCAACCAAUCUACUGAUAGUCAACCAUCUCAAAAGGUUUCAACACCUAAUAAACAACCUACUGCCAAUGAAAAAUCAUCUUCGAAUUCACAAAAUAAUGGAAAGACUGAUUUAUGGAUGAAUGAAUGGGCAAAGGCAAAGUCUUUGAAUGAUACUUUAGAGAGAGAGAAGAAUGAAUUACUCAAAGAAAAAAAUAAAUAUGCUAGAGAAGUUCAUCAUCUCAGGCUUGAGGUUGAAAGGAGACCACAAUCUGAAUCGGAAUCGUCCGAAGUAAUCAAAAAAUAUCAUGAGAGUAUUCAAAAAUUAUAUAGUAAAUGGUUAGAAACUCAAAAUAAAUUUGUCACAAAGAGUAAGGAAUUUACAAACCUUGAAACGGAACUUACAAAAUUACAGUCAGAAUAUACUCAAAUUAAAAAGCUUGUCAUGGGAAAGCACACAGAGGGAGAAUCACUUAAAGAUGAUUUGAAGAAGUCAGCUCAAGAAUUGAACAAACUUAGAGAUGAAAAUAAAAAUUUGAAGGCAGAUUGGUCAUGUUUAAUGAGAGACGGUGCUAUAAUGAUGAGAGAAGAUUAUUGUAAAAUCACAAAACUUCAAAAUUCGUUGCAGGAUUUAAUUCAACAAAGAAGCAAUGUUAACGAAGAAAUCAAUAGGUUGAGAAAAGAAACCAAACAGCAAGAAAAUUCAACAAUUGCAGAAAAUACUGCCAAACUAAUGCUUGAAAUAAAAAAACGAUCGGUUGGAGAUAUUCUUAAAAAGCACGAUACUACUCAGCAAUCAUUAUCUUUCUCAAAUGUCAACAAUGGCAAUGUAACAACAUUGCAGAGACUAAGCUUUCAACAUAGAGAUAACCCAAAAAAGCUUGUCAAUACGGAAAAACGGGUCAAUCAAAAUAACUUCGCGCAAGGAGGUUCUAGUACUAAUGUUGUGCAAGCUAGAAAUGUUCCCUUAAUUACCAAGUCGGUUCGUAAUCUUCAUUUCUCCAAAUUGGCUGAAAAACCCAAUGCUUCGGCAAAUGCAAAAGUACAAUUACCACCUCAUCUACGUCUUGUACAAGGUAAAAGAUCGCUUGGAGGUCCUUUAAUCACAUCCGCUGCAAUAACUUCUGUACCUUCAAGAAGAUUGAAUUUACACUACCCCAUGUUGACUGAUACGAAAACCAAGGUAACUGCAAAUCCAAUUCCACGCUAUCCUACUAAAUCAACCCAGCAAAUGAAUUAUCUUUGUGAAUGGAAUCUAUGCAAGAAAUUAUUUAGUAAAAAAUCAGAAUUGAAAAAUCAUCUUAAAGAUCAUCUUAAUUUUGGUAAAGUUCCAAUCGGGAAAGAUAAAAAUAUUGAUGGUACUGAUGAUUUAGUAGCAGUUAAAGUGGAAUUUUGA